CCGCAGAAUGAUCCAUAGGCUCUUACCUAUCUUUAACCUAUACCACUUGCAUUCUUAUUUAUUUGCUCAUACCAGGAUUUUGUAUUAUACAACCGAAUUUGCAUAGAUUAAUCACCAUUUGCAUUAAUUCAGAAGUCUAAAUGGAAUGAAUUGCAGACGUAAACCUCUCCCCCUUCAUACAAAGGAAGUUCAGCUAGCUGAAGCUAUACCAAAAGAAGAAUUAUACUACUGGUCUUUAAAGAACGUUUUAGUGUUGUUUUUGGUUCAAUAUCGCGCGCUAGCUCCCUCUACAUUACAGUCUGUAUCAACUAGCCAGCUAAUUUCUGAUAAGAAGGCUUCUGCUAUAACUAACAAUAGUAAUGCUGUUAACAUAAAGGAAAAACGAGGGUCACUUAAAUAUCCCAAGGAGUUUAUAAAGUACUUAACGAUUGAACUUGAAAAUAUAAGUAUGGGUCGUAACCCAAAGUAUCAAGAUCAGUUGCUUCGUGGUACCUUCGCCGCUUUCUAUACCACCAUAAGUAAAUCCUACAUAAUGAAACAGAUGAAAGAGUCUCGAAGAAUUGAAGAUUUGUUCCUAAUUUUCACUAGUUCAGUUUCAUCUGAACUCACAAAACGCUUGGGUUCCUUUGAAAGUAAUUUGUCUGAUGAGAUCUCUGUCUGGUUUAUAGAUUUAUGUGAAUCUAUUCUAAUUAAUCGGCAACUGCUUGCUGCUACGUCUGAAUUUAUUGUUCACCUUAAUAUGUAUAAAUCAAAAAUUCAGAGCCGUACAGAUAUUUUGACCUCAAAACGUGUUAGCAAAGGAGCUGAAAAAUUCGAUUUCUCUUCAUUUCCUCUCCUAAAAAUAUUUGCUUCGGUAUUUAAGGUAGCAUACUCCAAAGUUUUAUUGGAUGCCGAAAAUAUGUUCCCUACUAUUGAUGAAUCGGCUAUAUACAAAGAUAUUACGAUAUUAAUUGACGAUCUCGAAAAUGACACUUGUAAAUAUUCCCAAUCUGUUUUGGACUUUUCCAAUUACAAAGCUUAUUCUACUUAUAAAACCCGUGAACUGCAGAUUCUAGAGCAACAUCGAAAAAUAAUACUCAGUUUCAAUCCGCUUUUGUCAGAAAUUUAUCACAGAAAUAAUGGAACUAGCUCUGCUAGUGCGCCAGAGACACUAACUUGCGUCCCUCCAGUUACACGCCCUUAUUUUCGGCAGUUGCUAGCACUUUGUCUUCAAUAUCGUUGUGGCGUUUCUGACCCGACAGAAGAGAAAAAUGUUAAUACGUUCAUUCGUGAAUGUUCAAUCUAUUGGAGAAUUUUACCUUCAAGUCGAUUAGCAUUGAGCAUGGAGCUUGCUCGUGAGUAUUUUCAAAAAGACUUUAUAUCGAUGAUGGAUGUCGUAAAUUAUUUUGGCGAGUUAUCUAAGGUGACGAAGGAGUUUGAGUGUGUAUACUGGCCAAAAGUAGAUGUAUCUAUGCUUAAAACAGCUCUUACAGGAAUCCGAAACGUCCUUUUACAAAGAUUCAAGAUAUCCCUCAUUAAUGUUCUAAAUAACAAGAAAUCUAACUACAACAAUUUAUUAGCUAUACUAGAACUAUGCCUUGAAAAUGGUAAACUGGUAAACGAGGAUUUAAAUCCAAAAGCAGAACUUAUAUCAAUUGCAUUAUGCUUACAAGAAACUUGUCAAGAGAUUUUUUUAAAGGAAUUUAAUAUAUCGACAAGAAAAUUCGUUUCUGAUGGAAUCGACGAAAUUCUACUGCACAGUCGUGCCCUGAAUGAUAGAGUUGAAUUUAUCCAACGAACAUGCCCGGAAACUAUAUUUGGUAUAAUUUCCUUACCAAGCUUAUUCACUAGUGUUGUUUUGCCUAAUUAUAUUACGUCUGCAAUGAAGGUGACUAAGGCGCAUCUUCAAAGUAAUGCAAAGGGUGAUCUCGAUGCUCUUACUAAUGACAUGAUUGAUGCUUACGGAGAUUUGAAGAAAAUGAUAAAUUUACUUCGUUUUUACCAUCAAGAUGAAUACGAGCUUGGUAACUUUGAAGGUUUUUUUCAACCAUUCGUGGAUUCUUGGUUGAAUAACGUAGAAGUUAACGCAAACGAUUGGCUUGAAAGAGCAUUACAAAAGGACAAAUUUGAUACUUUGAACAAGGAAGCAGCAUGCAGUAGUUCAAUUAUCGAUCUUUUUCAUGCUUUUCAUCAGUCUUUACGUACACUCAUGAACUUUGAAUGGGAGGACGCUCUUUGCAACGCGAGGUUUUUUACAAAGUUUUUUAGGAUUGUGUAUAUGGUUUUAUCUAAAUACACUUCUUGGGCACUAAAGACCUUUUUUGACGAAGCUAACAAGAAGGACGACAAUGUGGACUUACAAGCUGAAAAUGAAAGCUCAGGCUCAUCUUGGUUAUCGAAAGCCCGAACAAUGUUGUCCGGUACAUCUGAGGUUCUACCUUUUCACUUUUCUACUUUCAUGUGUAUCCUGCUGAAUAAUGUGCAUUAUGCUAUACAGGCAUAUGAAGAACUUGAAAGUAAAAUAAAUCUUCAAGAAUUAGUUCAAGCUCUUGACCAGGCAGAAUCUACGAAAGUUCAGAAGCUUUCCACUACUAAUUAUCUGUAUACAGUGAAGGUUAUUCGUGGAGAAAAUUUACAGCCGGAUGAUACUGGAAAGAUUCGAACAUCCUAUGUUGUCCUUACUGAUAAUAGAGGAAAGCGGAUAGGAAAAACUAGGCCAAUUCAUUCUAUGAACCCCCGUUGGGAUGAUACUUUUGAAAUAAAAGCAAAAGAUUCUUUAAUAAUUACAGCCAAUUUAUGGUCUAAAGGGAAGUUUGGCGAUCAUGAGAUAUUUGGAAGAUGUUCAUUCCCUUUAACGCCUAAAGUAUAUGGCGAUUAUAUCGCUAGAGAAGAUUGGUUGAACUUGAAUCCACAUGGUGAAUUGCUUGUAAGGAUCGAAAUGGACGGCGAAAAAGAACAUAUCGGUUUUUAUGUUGGUCGUACUUACCAUGAUUUGGAAAGAUCUCAAAGUGAAAUGAUUAGGUUUAUUGUCAACAAAAUGGAUCCAGUUAUAAGUCAGAAUUUAUCAAUGUCGACUCUAAGGAAGCUAUUAUCAGGUUCAUGGAUGGAUUUUGAUAAGACUAUGACUUCUGUAACUAGUUUGUUUAAUAGAGCUGCAUUGACUUCCUUUUCAAAGAGGGGGGAUCCAAAGAGAGAAAACCAUGAGUUGACUGAUGUUGAAAUCGAAUCUGCAAUUAAUGACUUACUUGACUUUUUUGACGUUAAUUUCUCAGUGAUUGCUCGACAUCUAUCAAAAGAUGUCUUUGUGACGGUUAUGUCUUACGUAUGGGACGAAGUAAUGUGUACUAUAGAAGAUUUAUUACUGCCUCCUGUCUCUGCAAAACCAAUUGAGAGGAAGCCACUUUCUGAAAGUCAACUGAAAAUUGUAUACAGUUGGUUACAAUUUCUUAAAGACUAUCUACACGCUAAUGGCGAAGGUGUUAACCUUUCGGUAUUGGAAACGGAACAUUACCAAGAACUUCUAAAAAUACAUGAGUAUUACGAUAAGUCUACGGAUGAAUUAUUGGAAGAAUGUGAAAAAAUUACAUUGCAUUUGUUCCAUUCUUCUCGAUUAGUAAACGUAUCACCCGAAAACAAUGCAGAAAUGUCAAAACUAGCGAAGUUGAGCAACAAGGAAAUAUAUAGAUCAGGAACAAUAAAACAAUAUGUUCCACCGAUUCGACAAACUAAGGAGGGUGAACUAGAAAGGAACGAACGUAUUAUCCUAAGGAUUUUACGGAUGCGGGCCAAUUCAAAAAGAUUCUUAUUGAAGCAUUUCCAGAGAAAGGAUAAACUUAGAAUGGCUGAUGCUAUGAGAAAUGGGUACGUGAUGCCGCUCGGGCAUUUAAAAAAAGUGUAAUGAGUCUUAAAGACUUCUGUGGUAGUUACUUUGGUGUACAAAUGCUUGUUGAUACUGGAUUCAAUUAAUUUAUCUUUUUGCUUUUAAUAUAAUG